CACAUUAUAUUUAUUCUAUUCCUGCUACCCCCAAGGCAAUUCCAGUAUUGAACUACCGCCGGCAGUUUUCCGAUCGGAUCCCGGAGCCGAGUAGCAAAUGGACUGUCGCGAGGUGACGAAAACGCGAAUUCCUUUCAAGGAAAGGCCCGACUGGGCCGAUGUGAUACCCGUUCCCCAAGACGACGGGCCCUGCCCGGUGGUUCCCAUAGCCUACACGGAAGACUUCUCUGAAACCAUGGACUACUUCCGGGCAAUUUACGUAGCCGAUGAGCGAUCUACACGCGCCCUCCAGCUUACUUCUGAAGCUAUUCAGCUAAACCCUGGAAAUUACACUGUAUGGCAAUUCAGGCGUGUUGUGCUGGAGGCGUUGGGUGUUGAUUUACAUGAAGAAUUGAAGUUUGUUGAUUGCAUUGCUGGGGAGAAUACCAAAAAUUAUCAAAUAUGGCAUCAUAGACGGUGGCUUGCUGAGAAGCUGGGAGCUGAUGCUGUGACAAAUGAGCUAGAAUUCACCAAGAAAAUAUUUUCUCAGGAUGCAAAGAAUUAUCAUGCUUGGUCCCAUCGGCAGGUUGUAUUUGUAUCCCUAUUUUUUGUUUCAAAAAAGUAAUGACAUUGCCUGUUUGGAAAAACUCUUUUGCAUGAGUUGUGUUUCAUGGUACUAAAAUCAUGUUCUAGAUUAUUCAAGUUUAUGAAUUGAGCCAGAUCCUAGAUAGAAUUGACAAAAUACUAAGGUAAAAGCAGGGUGACUUAGGAUCAUAUUAAAUGUUAGUAUCCCACACAUUCCAUGACAGUUCAUUACACGUUAUUUGGAUUCUUGCUUCGGUGUCACUUAAUAAACAUCUUUCAUGUAAUUAAUCCCAGUUAUAUUUUUCCCUGUAACAGUGUUGUCAAAGGAGAAAUAACUUUGAAAAGGCCCAAACUCUCCUUGGACUUUACAAGUAGAGCGUAAUAAAAACAUGGGCUUUAAUAUAAAAAAAUUCCAAAUGAUGAAAAUAUAUUAAUGCAAGAAAAUUUACUACAUACAUGAACUUUCUAGCGUACGCGUGGUUCCUUUCGAUUGGAGGCUGUCGCUACCUGGAUCAAUCAACCUAUUCUAGUUCGCUCAC